CGCUCUACAACCGGAGCACCCGGUGCACGGUGCCAAAACUGAGGGAUAAGUGUGAGAAGAGAGAGAAAAAACACUCUGGGGUUGAGCAGAGGACUGAGCAGCCCUCUGCACUAAUGGACCACAAGGAUAUCUAACCAUCUGCCCUGGGAGCGCACAGACACCGUAGUCCAUGCCUCUGCCUUGCCAGGUCAUUGAUGGGAAAUCAACUGGACCGGAUCACCCACCUCAACUACAGCGAACUGCCGACGGGGGAUCCGUCCGGACUGGAGAAGGACGAGCUUCGGGUCGGCGUCGCCUACUUCUUCUCUGACGAAGAGGAGGAGGUGGACGACCGCACUCCGUCCGACUGCGGCUUCACCAAAGACCACAGCCCGACCGAGGAGGGACCCUUCUCAGUCAGCGAGGUGGAGUACUCAGCAUUCUGCUCCCAGGAAUGCAUCUUCUCCAAGCUUCGGGAAAACGAGGACUUGAACGUGUACUCGGCCAAAACUUUGCUGACUAUGUGCAAACCUGGGGACCUACUGGAACUGGUGGCCGCCGCGCAAACACCGCACUGGGCGAUCUACUAUCACGACGACCAGGUCAUUCAUCUGCACAAGGGCGAAAUCCGCAAGGACAGCUUGGUUGAGAUCAGCAACGGUCGACUCGGGAGAAUAGUCAACAAUCGGUAUCGAUUUCGACCACUUCCACCCGACCUGGUGAUGCAGAACGCAGUAGGACAUCUGGGCCUGAGAAGUGAGGAGAUUUGCUGGACCAAUUCGGAAAGUUUCGCCGCUUGGUGCCGCUUUGGGAAAAGGGAGUUCAAAGCCGGGGGAGAGGCACACUCAGCAGAGCAGCAGUACUUCCUCAAAGUCCAUCUGACCGGCAGUGGAGUGCACACGCUGGUCUUUCGUAGCCUAGAGGACAUGAUCCGAGAGAGGCGGCGAGUGGACGCCAGUGGAAUUCUCAAAGAGCUGUCUUUGGUUAACGGGGGAAAGGAGUGAUCAGGGAUUCCGUUUGAUAUAGUCUCCUCCACCCCUCUCCCUGCCUCCUGUCACCGAGGCGCACGGACGCAUACUUUUGCGCACACACAAAUGUACUCGCACACAAGCACACAAACUCGCAGACAUGCAUAAGGACCUGUUGGUUUAAGACUGGCUGUCUCGGAUGGACCCGGGCUGGUUGAACCACAGGCACACUGUGGAAUUUACAUCAAAAAUGCAGAAUGCUGAGAAAUUUGCGAGCGGACGUAUAAACGGGCAACGCCCCGCCAGAUUAGAAUUCGUGCUGAGUGGGACUCACGAUUUCUAAUAAGUCCAUUACCCCGAAAAGCGAAAUCACCUUUAUAACCCCCACAUAGCGCACACGACUCGGUUUGAUUUCUGUUUGAUUUCUCGGGAUAAUGGGAUUGGCCCCUUCUCUGCAUAGCGUGCCUGCUGCAGCAGACCAGACGGUGAGACUGGGAGAGAUAGGGGGGGGGUGUAAGAUAUGAUUCGGGAUGACUCUCAAAAGUCUCCCUUCUAUUUUUUUACUGUUAGCUAUAAGUCCGGGACAGACCACAACACAUCCAAGUCACUAAUUCAUAGACCUCCUACAGUCCCAGCUGGCUACUCAGUUGCCUAAACAAAGCAUCUUGGCUUGACCAAGCUCCUCUUUUGCCAUAUCAGAAAGUAUUGUCAUUUCCACAAUGCUGUCAUCUUGCCCCACAGCACUUGGAUGUAUGUGUAAAUUGUACUAAAACAUUGAUUUAAAAUUGAGUCCCUUAUUUUUGUAUUUAAGUUUAGUGGAUUUAACCCUGAUCUCUUUUGGUUCAAAUAAAUGGAGGUUGAAAUUUGAAAACAAGAACUUGGUCUUUCAGGUUUUGUUUGGUUGCACACACAUUAGCGUCUCUAUUAUAACGCAUACAUAUGAAUUAUUGAUGUGCCAAUGCCUCCUGACCUGCCUCAAGCCUUAUAGACUUCA